AUGAUGUGGUGGCUUCUUGUCUUCUCCACUCUGGGUCUCGGGGCCUGGGGUGGUUCCUCCUGGGAUAAAACACAAGAUAAACACCUAUCCGAGGGGCUUCAGGACCUGCUUGGUAACAUCUCCCAGCUCAUUGAAAAAGACAAACGGGGUCUCAGUGGUGUCUCCACCAUGGUCUCUCGCAAGCAGUGGGGGGCAGACGCCGUUGCCUGCAGUGCCCAGCUGGCCCUGCCGGUGGGCUUCCUUGUCACGCACCACGUCCCUGGGCUGGAAUGUCACAACCAGACCUCGUGCAGUCAGAGGCUGCGGGAGCUGCAGGGCCAUCACGUGCGCAACGGCUGGUGUGACAUAGCCUACAACUUCCUGGUUGGGGACGAUGGCGGGGUGUAUGAAGGUGUUGGCUGGAAUGUCCAAGGUGUGCACACCCAGGGCUACAACAAUAUUUCCCUGGGCCUCGCCUUCUUUGGCACCAGCAAAGGCCACAGCCCUAACCCUGCCGCUCUGUCAGCAAUGGAAGGUUUGAUCUCCUUUGCUGUCCGCAAGGGCCACCUGUCACCCGUGUACAUUCAGCCACUCCUUGUGAAAGGAGAGAGCUGCCUGUCCCCUCUGCAGAAUGCAAGUGUCAAGGAAGCUUGCCCACUUAUUGUCCAGCGGUCUGCUUGGGAUGCCAGGGAGACCCACUGCCCCAGGAUGAACCAGCCGGCUCAGUAUGUCAUCAUCAUCCACACCACGGGGAGAACCUGCAACAAGUCUGAUGAAUGCCGCGUGCUGGUCCAAGAUAUCCAGUCCUUCUUCAUGGAUAGAUCAGACUCAUGUGAUAUCGGGUACAACUUCCUUGUGGGCCAGGAUGGCAUCAUCUAUGAAGGAGUAGGCUGGAGUGUCCAAGGCUCCCACACCCCUGGCUACAAUGACAUUGCCCUGGGCCUCGCCUUUAUGGGCACCUUCUCUGGUUCCCCGCCCAAUGCUGCAGCACUGGAGGCAGCCCAGAACCUGAUCCAGUGUUCUGUGGUCAAGGGGCACCUGGUCCCCAACUACCUGCUGCUGGGGCAGAGUGAUGUGACCAACGUUCAGUCUCCUGGGCGGGCUUUGUACAACAUCAUUAAGACUUGGCCUCAUUUCAGACACUAG